CAACCGGUUGCCUCCAUUUCUCACAUACAAUACUUUCCCAUAUAUUCAUUGCUGAUACUUCAAUGGGAAGUCCCCUCUCUCUUGCAAUUACUCCCACGCCAGAGAAUUGGGCGGCAACGAAUUUUUAAGACAAGAAACAUAACACAAAAUUAGAAAAUUUGUUGUUUGAUCAUAAAUAAAUGGCUGCGGGUUCUCCACAUACAGAAUCUCCGGGGCAUUCACCAUCGCCGGUGUUGGGGCAUGGACACAGUCCGACGCAUAUGGUGAUGGAUGAUCUGUUGGGACUGCUUCGGAUUCGUAUCAAGCGAGGCCUUAAUCUCGCUGUGCGCGACGUCAGAAGCAGCGAUCCCUACGUUGUUGUCAGGAUGGGCCACCAGAGGAUGAAGACUCGAGUUAUCAGAAAGGAUGUAAAUCCGGAAUGGAAUGAGGACUUGACACUUUCUGUUACGGAUACCGAGCAGCCGGUUUUAGUUGAGGUAUACGACCACGACACGUUCAGCAUGGACGACUCCAUGGGGGACGCGGAGUUUGACAUACGGCCAUUCGUGGAGGCCUUGAAGACGCACCCAACAGGGCUACCAAACGGGGCGAGGAUCAAGACGAUACAGCCCUGCCGGAGCAACUGCUUGGUGGAAGAGAGCAGUGUUGUCUGGAGGGAUCGCAAGAUUAUGCAGGACAUGUGCCUUAGACUAAAAAAUGUUGAAUGUGGUGAGCUCCAAGUUCAGCUCCAAUGGAUUGAUCUUCCAGGCUCCAAAGCUUUCUAGCCAUCGUCAUCACUGCUCAAACUACAUUCGCUUCUAAUUUUUUGUAUCACCUCUCUGUUUCAUUGUUGUUGUUGCAAGUGUAAGUAAAUAUAUUCAAACAUAUAUCUUGAUGAUGAUUCACUGAAA